AUGUUUGUCGUCAAACGAUACAAAGAGCCAGAAAUACGGACAACAGAGUCGAUAGACUACAACCUAGAGGCCACUAAAUCGGUACAGUUAGAGCCAGGUGCAUUACAAAUCUUGGAGCCGUCCAGAAAGACCAAGAUCAUAAUUGUGGCCCUCAUAGCGCUCAGCUUAAACUCGUACUCCGGCUUUGAAAUGACUUAUUUCCAGAACAGUUCCACAUAUUAUCAAUACCUACCGAUCCGUAUCUCUGCCCAAAAAGCUGCAGAUAUAUAUACAUUGAUGACCUCCACCUACACUGCCGGCCGAUUAUUUGCAGCCUAUAUUUCCAGCAAAUUAAAACCAGAGACCAUGAUAACGUAUCACUCGAUAAUACUCAUUAUAUCCAUAGCGAUUUUACAUUUUGGGUCGUCAUCUGAAAUCUUAAUCUGGAUCGGUAAUGGACUCAUAGAUAUAUACAAAAAUACGUAA